GAGGAAACUGAGUUUUUACCUGACCUUGUUAUGUUUGAGUGAAUAUUAUAGCAUUGAAGUGGGUCCAGACAACAGAUCCCAAUUUCACAUUUUGGAAUUUAAUACCUAAAUAUGAAAUAUGGCUCCAAGAGAAAAAGAACCAAAUUCAUUGCCUGUGAUUUUCUGACUGAGUGGUUAUACAAUCAAAAUCCAAAGAGGAUGGGGUCGGCUUUCACAGAAUUCUUCUCCAUUCCCUUUGUGGACCAGUGGCUGAAGCAUCACCCCCGGCCGCCAGUCCCACUGUCCCUCCUGCUGACAGAGGAAGAGGCAGCGCUGUGCAUUCAAUCCUUCUGGAGAGCCUAUCUGGUUCGGUGCGAUCCUGAGAUUCAAGAGUUGCGUCAGUGGCAGAAGAAACUGCGCGAAGACAAGCACAUUCGCCAGCGAGUCAAGAUUUUCUGGGCCAAACAAGAACAGAAAGUGAAAUGCAAAAUGGAAGACGAUGAGGAAAUUGCACCUACGACUCCACCACCUUAACUACUGGGGGAUCUUCUCCCUUUGGAACUUCAAGGACCCUACGUGAGGAAAACGUACAAAUUAUGCUUCCUCUCUGUUGAUUUUUUUUUUUAAACGACUAGAUUUGGUACAUGUGAAUACAGAACCUUUUCUGCACAAGCUAGGAUUUGUUGCAAACAUGCUUUACUGCAUAUAGUUUAUCCUAGGAGAGUACGAAUCUUAACUUUCUGCAUUAUCUCCAAAUUUUAUUAUUUUACCUAUUAUUAUUUCUUCAGUGCUUCCAGUAUAUUCUUCUACACCAACCGCCGUUAAAAUAUACAACAAACUCUAGAUCCAAGAAACGCUGAAGUGUUUUAGUUUCCAGUUUCCCACUUCUGGCUGCCUUGGCAAAGACUGGUAUUUAAAUUCGAGUCCCAAACCUUUGCCAUGGGCUUUAGGUUUAUCUGGUGAGUAUUCUCUUCAUAAAAAAGACGUAUUGCCUACAACCACUUGCAGAGGAGACGGACUCUUAACUCUGACUGCAAAUCCAACAAGUUGAAGACACCCAGACAGUGACAGACAAAGGAUUUUGGUUGUCAAGCCCCCAGAGUACUAUAGAAAGUUCCUCAUUGGUGGCUAAGCUAACUUAUUACCCUCACUUGUUCUGUGGUUUGCUGUGAACCAGGAUUCCCCCGUUCAAAUUGCCACAGACUGAGCCUCCAGGCAAAUCCAAAAGCCUCGUAGUUAUUCUGGGUGGUUUUGACAAGCUAGCACACAUCUUAAGUAAAUAGGAAAGCCUUUAUUUUUGUGUUAAGAACAGCAUUUUGAAAAUAAAACCUAUCUGCCCAUGCUUGACAACCUUUAAA